AUGAACAAUUUUGAUGAUGUGAAAAUGAUAAAUGAUAAAAAAAAUUCUAAAAAUAUUUGGUGUGAGAUAUGCGCUUCAGGUAAAUUACAUCAACACUUUCAUUACACUGGUUCUAUGAAUCACUACACUUCACAAAAGGAACCAGGUGCUUCUUGGAGCUUGGAUAUAUUUGGUCCUGUUGAGCAUGUUAAAGAAAGAUAUUUACUCAUAAUGGUGGAUAGUGUAUCGAGAUUUAUUAUUGCAACAACCCAUAUCAAGAAAAAUAAAAAUGAAAUAGGAGAACAAAUUGGAUACAAUAUAAAUUGGAUUGAAAAACAAUUCGAUGUAAAAGUUAAAGAGUUAAUCAUGGAUAGGGGUAAAGAGUUUGACAAUCACGUAGUUGAAGAAUUAGCUCACGAAAACGGUAUUAAUAUUAUAUAUACUUCUACUGAAGAUCACCAAGCUAAUGGAAGAGCUGAAAGAGGUAUAAGAACAAUUAUUGAGGACACAAGAACAUUAUUGCUACAAUCAAGACUUCCCUUAAGGUUUUGGACAUAUGCAGCUAAAGCUUCAGUGAAUGUGAGAAACUGCGUAUAUAACAAAAAUGUUGGAGAAUCACCAUUAAUGAAAAUAUCAAAACAUAAAGUGAAAAUUAAAUUAAGAUCAUUCAUACCAUUUGGUGCCCCAGCUAUGAUAUGGGAUUACAGAAGCAGAAAAACAGAAGCACCAGGAAAAAGGGCUAUAACACUAUCCAAGGAUCCAAAAGGUUUUGGAUAUUAUUUUUAUGUACCAAAAGAAAAAAGAGUGAUAAGUACCACAAAUUAUAUAUUACCAGAUUAUACAAUAAAUCACAGUUUAAAUGAGAAGAAAGGAUAUGAUAUUAUUGGUACAUUUUUACAUGAGGUCAAAAACAAAAUUGGAGAUAUAAAUGACAUUGAUUAUGACGAGAAUGAAAUAGUAACAUUGUUACCAUCAGAUUUUGAAAAUGAACAUGAUAAUCUGGUAGAUGUUUUACACGAAGAUGAAAUAAGAGUUAAAGAACAUUUACUAAAUGACAUCCAAGAAGAAAUUAACGAUGUAACGCCAAUUAUUGAACCUAGAAGCAUAGAAAAUAUUAAAUUAGAUGAAUUGUUUGACGAUUUUGAAGUUGAAGAAGAACAUAUCAGCGAGGAAACGGAAUCAAGAGAGUCAUUAGGAGAAGAGCUGAUUACUUCUCAAAAUACUGUAGACACAGAACAGGAUGAACAAGAUGAACUGAAUGUGAACAAAUAUGAACCAGAAACUAAUUAUAAUGAUAAUAAUAAAAAUACUGGUGUCGAACAAUAUCCGGAAUUAAACAGCACAUAUAAAUCUCAAGAAAAUGAUCAAGCUAGUUUCAUGCAAGACUCAUUGGUAAGUAAAUGGAAGGAUAUAUUGAAAAAUAAGAUUGAACAGGAAGAAAUUAAAACAAACAUUAUUGAAGACUCAUUUAAACAUAGUAAAGCAUAUGCCUUGGAGAAACUUAACGAAACACAUACAACAGAAAAGAAAUUAGAAACUGAUAAACAACUAGUCUUAGAGAAUGACCUCAAUAUAACACUACAGGAACCUGAUACUCUUAAUAUAGAACAAGAAGACACACAAAAAGAAAAAGAUAAUGUUGAACAACGGAAAGUAUCAGAAAUAGAAUUAAGCAAUAAUGAAGGCGCAGAAAAUAUUUUGAAACAUGAAGAAAUAACAACAAUGGAUACAAACAUAACAGGUCAGAUAGGACAUAAUUUAAAGAAAUCAUCAAAAUCAUUGAGAUCAACUAAUAAUAAAUUACAUCAAGAAAUUAAUGACAAUGUUAAAAAUUUUAUAAAACGGAAGAUAGAAACUGAACACAAAAAGGAAAAGGAAAAGAACAAUGAAAAUAACAGUUUACAACAAGUUCUAGAAAGAGAAAAGGCACUGGAAAGUAAUGAUAUUAGUGUUGCUAAGAUUGACGAAGAACAAGAAAAGUAUUAUGAUGCUAAAGAAUCUGUUUCACUAGUAUCUACAUUACCAAAAGAGGAAGAUAAUUUAACUAAAUCAACCAAUACUACAGACUGGACAAAAAAAAACUUUACUUCCUUAAGGAAACCUAAAAUUAAAGAAUUAAAGAAAAGAUUAUUAGAAAACAACUUCGAAGAAACCAAUUUUGAUAAUAUCCCCAAGAUUAAUUUAACUAAUAUUGAUGAAAAGAAUAAAGACUUACACCCUAAGAAGAUUUUUAAGAAGAAAAAGAUGAUUCGUUAUAUUACUCCUACAGAAAAAUGGGAAGAAUUCACACCUGAAUCACGGGGGGAAAGUGUUCCAGAAAGAAAGAUUAGAGCAUUAUUUUAUAAACAAGCUAUAAUUGAGAAUCAAAAUUUAGAAGAAAAGAUUAAAUUCAUUGAAGCAUACAAUAAAGAAUUAAAAAAUCUAGUUAGUAUGAAAGUAAUUGAUUUGAAUAUUACCAUAGAUAAAAGUAGAAUACCAAAGGAUAAAAUCGUAGGUACAAAUUCUUUUUUUAUCCGAUUAAGAGAGAUGGAACUUAUAAAGCCAGAAUUGAUUGUAGAGGCGAUCAACAAACAAGCAGUAGUUAUAAUGAUAUUGAAACAUCCAUUUUAA